GAGCUUUGCAGCAGUCAUAUAAAGCGAGAAGACGGACCAUUACUCAUUUGGAGUAAGUUCACCUGCCCCCUUUUCACCUCCAUCACAUCCGCCAUGUUCCGCCGGUCCCUCCUCGCCCUGGUUGCCGCUGCCAGCUUGGUGACUGCCUCGCCACUUGAGGCGCGUCAGCAGGCCACUUCGACUUCGUCCGCUACUCCGACAUCGACAUUGGCCUCCACCUCGACAUCGGCCUCCUCCAACGGCUCCUUCCCCACCGACAUUGGCUAUCCGGGCAAGGUUAAGCAGGGCCUCCAGUCGCCCUUUCUCGUCCAGGCUGACAAGAUCAACUCGACGGCGCCCAACUUGCCCCAAGCACCUGCCCCCUACGAGAGUCGGUGGAGCGCAGUUGAUGACAAGAAUGGUUCCUUCCACAUCUUCAAGAACCUGGGAAACACUUCGCCCUACUUCUCGAGCCCUCUCUUUCCCGAGACCCAAGCGAACCGUAUCCUCGCGGAUACGUGCAACAUCAGCCAGGUCCACAUUCUUCACCGACACGGUGCCCGGUUCCCCACUUCUUCGACCACUGAGGGCGCACCCUUCUUCGGUGCAUACAUUGCCAAUGUGACUGCCAACGGCACUGCCAUCAACGGGACAGGCCCCCUGACAUUCCUCAACGACUGGCAAUACGAGCUGGGCGCUGAGAUCCUGACGCGGAUCGGAACGCAACAGCUGUUUGACUCUGGCGUGCAGCACAAUCUUCUCUACGGCAAGCUGUACAACGCCUCGACCCAGGCUCACAAGCCCGUCGUCCGCACGACGAGCCAGUCACGCAUGCUUGACAGCGCCCGGUAUUUCACCCUUGGCUUCUUUGGCUGGAAUGCAUCAGAGGCUAUCAAUCUCGAAGUAAUUCUCGAGGGUGACGGCUUCAACAAUACUCUCGCCAGCUACGAUACGUGCAACAACUCUAACAUCGCGACCGUCGGCGACACUCUUCUGAGGCCUGUCUGGGACCCUAUCUACCUCAAAGAUGCCAUCCAGCGCCUCCAGCAAUACACCUCCCUCAACCUGACAACGGAACUCGUGUAUGGCAUGCAGUCGCUGUGCGCCUACGAGACGAUGGCAUUCGGCUACAGCAACUUCUGCGGACUGUUCACGAAGGAAGAGUGGCUCGGAUUUGAGUACGAUCUUGACCUUCAAUUCCAGGGCGACUACGGGUUCAUGAACCCGACUGGCAAGGCUCAGGGUAUUGGCUGGGCUCAGGAGCUCCUUGGCCGUCUGACGAACAACACGCAAAUCUCGCCCAUCACGACGCAGAAUUCGUCGCUGCUCGUCGACCCUUACUUCCCCAUCGACCAGCCUUUGUACAUGGACUUUACGCACGACGACAUCAUCGUCUCUGUCCUGACAGCGCUCAACUUUACCCAGUUUGCCGACUUCCUCGACCCAAACAAUCGCACGGAGCCCCGCAACUUUAUUUUGAGCCAGAUCACCCCCUUCGCAGCCCGGCUCGUGUUCGAAGUCAUCGAGUGCUCCAACGGCACCGCCAACGCCAACGCGACGCAGUACAUUCGUGCAAAGAUUGGCGAGGCCGUCAUUCCGUGGAGCGCCGACCAGGGCUGCGGUGGCCAGGGCGUUGUCAACUCGACGCUGUGCCCUCUCCCUGACUUUAUCCGCUACCAGCAGGAAACGGCUGUCAAGGCGGCCAGCUUUGACCAGGCCUGCUUUGGCCCCACGCCAAACGUCACUCUUGACACAAUUCCUCGCAACGGUACUAUCUAGUCACAAGACUGGCUUGCAUCUUUCUUAAUUUGCAACGUGAAAUUCGAUGAAAAAGCCCUGUCGAAUAAUGCGACACCGAUUGCACUAAAGGGACCUACGCUCUGAAGUCCGUUCUCUUCCCCAGACCA